CCAUGGGACGUUCGCAGUCGAAGGAGCAACCGGGUGGAAACAAUCCGUGGGAGACGGAAAUUGCUCGGAAGCAACGGCGGGAACAAACUGCCCGGGAGCUGACGCAAGAGCGACGGGAACAGGAACGGCGUGCCCAGAAAGCGCGGCAGCGCGUCGAAAAGGAGGCAAAGAAACAGCAGAAGAAGAAGAAGAAGAAAGCUGCACGCAAGAGUAGUAGUGCGACCGGAAAGAAGCAGCGGAAGUCGAAGCUGGACGAUCUGCGCGACACAGAACCGCCACCGAUCGUGCGCAAGUCCAAGGCCAAGCUCGAGGAAAGUGAUUACGACUCUGAAGCGAAACGGCGGAUGCAGCAUCAGCUCGCCUUCAACAGUGAUAUCUUCGUGCUCAACCAGCUAAUGCUCGGCGUCCAGUUUUACGGCAACUUUGAAAGAGAAAUGUGGGAAGCAGUCGAACGGAAUCGUAACGAGGAAAAUCGCCGAAACGGAAAAACAUCACGCCACUGUAAAACCGUCAUCCUGCCCGAUCGUCUACUGGAAGCGGUAGACAUGCGUGUGAAGUUUUAUGCAAAACACGGGCUGCACAAAAACCGACUCCUUCCUCUACAUACGCAGACCUGCUACGUCGUGCAUGACAACAUCGAAAUCACGAACCCCGGCGAUAGCUCAGUCUACAGUAUUCUUACCGAUGCGCCUAUCUACAAGCUGGAGAUCGAGGAUUCCCUCGAGGACAAACUGAAGCAGGGGAGCGAUGGAGCAGUGCGAAAACGUCGCAGCAACUGUCAUCAUGGCUACAUAAAGUUGAAGAGUGUCGAGUUUAUCAAACCAAACAAUCCACCAUCGCUUGACAGGAUGGCGGCUGCCCAACGGAUCAUUUCUUACGGCACCGAACCCGGCUCGAGUGGACUUGGACAGAAGUUCGUCUCUACUAACGGCAUGUCGAAGGUGAAUAGUCUCAGUGAAAGUGAUACUCUAGAGGAUGAAGAGGACGAUGAGGACGAUGACGAUGACGAUGAUGAAGAUGAUGAAGAGAAUGCUCAGACUAGUAACCGAUUCACCAAGUUAAAGUAUCGCGACAGCAUUAUGGUGAAGUAUCCGAAGGUAGGAAACGGACUUUACGACAAGAAAAAACCUCAGCUUCUGCUAGCCAACGCCGGAGUCCCGUCGACCUCGACCAGUUCUACAUCUCCGCCCAGCAGUGAAUAUGACUAUGCGUACAUCACUGCCAUCAACACGCAUCAACCUUUAAGCGUGAUGCGCUCGGCUGGUGGCGAUGAAGCACCUGUAAGCACAACGGUUUUACCGGACUACUGCAUCACAACGAUAUGCUGUCCAAUCGAGGUGAACGAAGGCUACUACAGUGACGAUGAAUCGGAAGGUACGGAUAAGAUGAGUGCACUGUACCUCGUUAAGGCAAAUGGUGGAGCUGGUGGGACUAGUAGACAGGGUGGUCAUCAUCCCCACCACAGCAACCCGGAAUACACAACCGAACGGAGGCAAUAUCUCAACUCAAAGGGCUUCUUGGCGUAUUUCGUGAAUCUGUUCCAGGAUACGCUCGCGUCUGAAUUGGACAUCCCUGCCGAAGAUUUGCGCAACGCCACCUGGAAGGGUGCCGUUGUAUACAGUGGCCAGUGGGAGAUUAUACCCGCCAUUCUAUGCCCAUGGCCACGAGAAGCCAUCGAAUGGGUGCACCGUAAGCGCGACGUGAAAAUCAAUCCCUUAACGCGUCAGAAGUUCCAAUGGCCGACUCAACCAAUGAUUCAGAAGGUGAAGUCAUUCGGCUGUCACGUUAUACCGAUCGGGUACGCACCGAAACAGGGCCAGAACCGUUACCGUCAGCUCGAGUGGAAAAUUGUCUUCCCGGAGGCGGAACGUUACCUGGAAAGUUGUCUCACCGGGACGCAAAUCAAGAUCUACAUGAUCACUAUGCUGCUGCUGAAAACGUUCGUGGAACCGAAUCUUACGCCCGGCAUGAGCAUGUUCGGCAUGGAACAUCUGCGGGCCCAUCUGUUCUGGCAGUGUGAAACCAACUACGCGGCAUGGCCGGAAGACUAUCUCGGCGAAGCACUGCUGCGCUUCUUAAACGCACUGCUCGAUCGCAUCAAGACGCAUACGCUGCCCGAUUACUUUCUACCGAGCCGGAACCUCUUCGAAAACGUUCCGGAACGAGGGUUGGUGGAGUUGCACAAACGCAUCUUUCGCAUCACGGAAAACCCGGUAAUGCACAUGCUGAUUGCGUUGCGGAAUUUGAAGCUACCUAGCGCCCGGCUGACGUUCUACCCGAAGAUUCGCAUCAAGCGACUCUACUCCUACCUGGUGAUAGACAAUCCGCUCAAGAUCGUCAACCCAAUGCUGCGUGAUGAGGACGAAAACCUGGCAGCGGAAGACUCGGACGAGAACGAUGUGAAUGAACGGGAGAUUGCAGUUGGUUCGAUGGCGUACUACAACCAGCAGGAAGUGGAAUCACGUCGCAAAAGGACGCGCAUUGUGCGCUUCUUAGUUGCAGAACAGCUCAAGAAGGAACGGGCGGUCCAACCGGAACGGCGCCAGUCGGUUGAAUCGAUCGAUCUGACGUUUGUCUUCAACUUUCAGUUUCUGCCCCUCAAGCACAUGGAGAACCUACGCCGACAGCUAAUCUACGGUCUGUUCGUAGAGCAUUUUAUUGAGAUGGCCCGGGUGUCCUGUGGCUUUCGAACCAUCAACCAGGCAUUAAUAUAUCUACGACAGGCCGAACGGCUUUGCAAUCUACUCGCCGAUGACGAAGGUAUCGAAGAGGCCCGACAGUACCUUAACCAGAUAUAUGGCUUACGUCAAGAGCUGGCCAAGGCUAACGCAAAGGGUGCCGAUCGGCCUGCACUACCGAAGCGGACCAGCACCAAUGAACAGCGUCACACUGUAAGCCGAAAUGUAUCGGUUGCUCGCGGCAAUAGCAAACGUUCCACAUACACUAACGUUCGCCAACCGUCAACCGGGGCAAUACGGCAGAAACACCAACAACAAUCGCGCUUCUUUUCGCCCGACAACGAAGACGACAACGACGAAGAUGACGACGACGAGUGGGAAGAUAUCGAACGGGAGGAGAGGGGCGGAGGUGCUGGACGUGGCCAGGGGCGAACGCUCUCGUUGCAGCCUGCUGGCGGGUUAAGACGAAUACCAUCCCAACAGCAGCAUCAGCAGCAGAUAAGUGUCCAGAUUCACGCACCAAAGUCACCUAGCGGCCGACGGAAAUCCAAUGGACCGCGUCGUUCAUCCGAUGACAUCGACGACAUCUCUCGAUUGCUGGGGAACGUUACGGUUACACCGAGGCAGGGUUACCGUUAGUUAACAGGAGAUG